UAGCAAUGAAAAUGUUCGAGAUUUCCAAGUUGUUUUCCCUGCGAAGACCACAAGGUAGCAGCAAGAUGGAUCGCUACGAGAAGUUGAGUCGGCUGGGCGAGGGCUCCUACGGUGUGGUCUACAAGUGUCGGGAUCGGGAGACAGGAGCUCUGGUUGCGGUCAAGAGGUUUGUGGAGUCUGAGGACGAUCCAGCCAUAAGGAAAAUAGCACUGCGAGAGAUAAGGCUACUCAAGAACCUCAAGCAUCCAAACCUGGUCUCCCUUCUGGAAGUGUUCCGUCGCAAGCGUCGCCUGCACUUGGUCUUCGAGUUCUGUGAACUUACAGUACUCCAUGAGCUGGAGCGGCAUCCGCAGGGCUGUCCCGAGCACCUGACCAAACAGAUCUGCUAUCAAACUCUGCUGGGUGCCUAUUGCCAUAAGCAGGGCUGCCUGCCGGACAUCAAGCCUGAGAAUAUUUUGCUAACUGCACAGGGUCAGGUGAAGCUCUGCGACUUUGGCUUUGCCCGAAUGCUUAGUCCUGGGGAGAACUACACGGACUAUGUGGCCACCAGAUGGUAUCGGGCGCCAGAACUCCUCGUGGGUGACACACAAUAUGGCACACCCGUGGAUGUAUGGGCCAUUGGCUGCCUCUUUGCGGAACUGGUGCGUGGAGAGGCCCUGUGGCCAGGACGCAGUGAUGUGGAUCAGCUCUACCUAUCCGCAAGCCUCGGCGACCUGCUGCCACGUCACAUCCAGAUCUUCGGGCAGAAUGAGUACUUUAAGGGAAUCACAUUGCCAGUGCCGCCUACGCUGGAGCCGCUGGAAGAUAAGAUGCCGCCCAAGUCAUUGCAGAACCCGCUGACCAUAGACUUUCUGCGCAAGUGUCUUGACAAGGAUCCGGCCAAGCGUUGGUCCUGCGACAAGCUGAUCAAGCACUCCUACUUCGAGGACUACAUAGCCAAGCAGCGGGAGCAGGAGCAUGUCACCAGCCUGGAGGCGGCCAAUCAUCGCCAGCAGCAGCUCGCCUCCCAGCAAUUUAUGUUGGCCACGGCAGCCCAGCAGCUGCAGACGGGGCCAGCUCAGGCGGCAGCCAUUGCAGCGGCCCGUGAUAAAUCAAAGACUUCAAACACCUCAUUGCCGUUGCUUCCGAGCACACAGCAUCAUCAUCAUCCGCAUCAGGACUAUGUGAAGCUGCAGCCGCUGAACAAGAAUGCUAACCUCCUUCAUCGCACCGAGCAUCAUCUGCCCACAAUCUGAGGCGGAAAUUGUAAUUAAGAACUGUC